GGAGUCCCUACUGGAGUGCCAGACUUCCUGGGGCCCACCUGCCCAACUGCCCCGGACUCCGGCAGCGGGGCCCCCGAUGGCAGUGGGCAGCUCCCCGUGAAACCUGCCAAGCUGGACGCCACAGCUCCGCACGACGACACCUUGGCCAGCUCCGUGCCGCCUUCGGAGACUUGCAGCCAUGCAGUCCUAGCCUGCAGCCCGGGCCUCCCCGAGGAACUCUACAUCAGUGAGGCAGUGGAAGAUGCUCCCAGCUACAGAGGAUACCGGGAUGCCUGCACCAUUACAGAUGUGUGCAACAGCACCGAUCUUCCGGAAGUCGAGAUCAUCAGCCUGCUGGAGGAGCAGCUGCCCCAUUACAAGCUAAGAGCCGACACCAUCUACGGCUAUGACCACGAUGACUGGCUCCACACACCCCUCAUUUCUCCAGACGCCAACAUCGACCUCACCACCGAGCAAAUCGAAGAGACCCUGAAAUACUUCCUUUUAUGCGCUGAAAGAGUUGGCCAGAUGACUAAGACAUACAAUGACAUCGACGCUGUCACCCGGCUUCUGGAGGAGAAAGAGCGGGAUCUAGAAUUGGCCGCUCGCAUCGGCCAGUCAUUGUUGAAGAAGAACAAGACGCUGACGGAGAGGAACGAGCUGCUGGAGGAGCAGGUGGAACACAUCAGGGAAGAGGUGUCCCAGCUCCGGCACGAGCUGUGCAUGAAGGAUGAGCUGCUACAAUUCUACACGAGCGCCGCGGAGGAGAGCGAGCCCGAGUCGGUGUGCUCCACGCCGCUCAAGAGGAAUGAGUCCUCCUCCUCUGUGCAAAAUUACUUCCACCUGGACUCCCUGCAGAAGAAGCUCAAGGACCUGGAAGAGGAGAAUGUGGUCCUGCGAUCCGAGGCCUGCCAGCUGAAGACAGAGACCAUCACCUAUGAAGAGAAGGAACAGCAGUUGGUCAAUGACUGCGUGAAGGAGCUGAGGGAUGCCAAUGUCCAGAUCGCAAGCAUCUCGGAGGAGCUGGCCAAGAAGACAGAGGACGCGGCCCGGCAGCAGGAGGAGAUCACACACCUGCUGUCCCAGAUUGUGGAUCUGCAGAAGAAGGCAAAAGCGUGUGCAGUGGAGAAUGAGGAGCUCGUGCAGCACCUGGGGGCCGCGAAGGAUGCCCAGCGGCAGCUCACGGCGGAGCUGCGCGAGCUGGAGGACAAGUACGCCGAGUGCAUGGAGAUGCUGCACGAGGCCCAGGAGGAGCUGAAAAACCUGCGCAACAAGACCGUGCCCAACACCACGUCCCGCCGCUAUCACUCGCUGGGCCUCUUCCCCAUGGACUCCCUGGCGGCCGAGAUCGAGGGCACCAUGCGCAAGGAACUGCAGCUGGAGGAGCCCGAGUCUCCGGACAUCACACACCAGAAGCGAGUCUUCGAAACCGUGAGAAGCAUCAACCAGGUGGUCAAGCAGAGGUCCCUGACCCCUUCGCCCAUGAACAUCCCCGGCUCCAACCAGUCCUCUGCCAUCAACUCGCUCCUGUCCAGCUGCGUCAGCACCCCCCGGUCCAGCUUCUACGGCAGUGACGUCGGCAGCAUCACCCUCGACAACAAGACCAAUAGCAUCAUCUUGGAAACCGAGGCAGCCGAGCUGGGAGAGGAGCGCAGUAAGAAGCCAGGCACGCCGGGCACCCCGGGCUCCCACGACCUGGAGACGGCGCUCAGGCGGCUGUCGCUCCGCCGAGAGAACUACCUGUCCGAGAGGAGAUUCUUCGAGGAGGAGCAGGAGCGCAAGCUCCGGGAGCUGGCGGAGAAGGGCGAGCUGCGCAGCGGGUCGCUGACGCCCACCGACAGCAUCAUGUCCCUGGGCACGCACUCGCGCCUCUCGGAGCUCACGGGCUUCUCCGGCAUGUCCUUCAGCAGCCGCUCGUACCUGCCGGAGAAGCUGCAGAUCGUGAAGCCGCUGGAAGGUUCCGCCACCCUCCACCACUGGCAGCAGCUGGCACAGCCCCAUCUGGGGGGCAUCCUGGACCCGCGGCCCGGGGUCGUCACCAAGGGCUUCCGGACGCUGGAUGUUGACUUAGACGAAGUGUACUGCCUUAAUGACUUUGAGGAAGACGACACAGGUGACCGCAUUUCUCCCCCGGGCCUAGCUACCUCCACGCCAGUGCAGCACCCAGAGACCUCAGCACACCACCCUGGGAAGUGCAUGUCACAGACCAACUCCACCUUCACCUUCACCACCUGCCGUAUCCUGCAUCCUUCAGACGAGCUCACGCGGGUCACACCAAGCCUUAACUCAGCCCCGACUCCAGCUUGCGGCAGCGCGGGCCACUUGAAGUCCACACCAGUGGCUACGCCGUGCACCCCCCGGAGGCUGAGCCUGGCUGAAUCGUUCACAAACGUCCGGGAGUCCACCACCACCAUGAGCACAUCACUAGGGCUGGUGUGGCUGCUGAAGGAGAGGGGCAUCUCGGCGGCCGUGUACGACCCCCAGAGCUGGGACAGGGCGGCCCGGGGCUCAAUGCUGCACUCCUACGCGCCCAGGAUGGCCGUAAUCCCCUCCACCCCACCCAACUCGCCCAUGCAGACGCCCACCGCGUCCCCACCCUCCUUCGAGUUCAAGUGCACGAGCCCCCCCUACGACAACUUCCUCGCCUCCAAGCCGGCCAGCUCCAUCCUGCGGGACGUGCGGGAGAAGAAGAGCUUCCGCAGCAGCGAGAGCCAGACCGACGUGUCCGUCUCCAACCUCAACCUCGUGGACAAAGUCAGGAGGUUCGGCGUGGCCAGAGCAGUGACCUCGGGGCGGGCCCACGUCCCCACGCUGACCGAGGACCAGGGACCGCUCCUCUGUGGGGGCCCGGGCCCCACCCACGCCAUGGUCCCUGAGGGCCUGCCUCUCGGGUGCCCCACAGUCACCAGUGCCAUCGGCGGGCUGCAGCUCAGCAGUGGCAUCCGGCGGAAUCGUAGCUUCCCCACCAUGGUGGGCUCCAGCAUGCAGAUGAAAGCCCCGGUAACUCUCACUUCGGGCAUCCUGAUGGGUGCUAAGCUCCCCAAACAGACUAGCUUACGGUGAGGAGAGGGGGAGGGGAGCGUGGCCCCACACUCUUCCCUCGCCAACCUAUCCUCCCCCCCCCUCUGUUGCACUCUGUCCCCAUCACUGUCCGUCCCCUCCUGAGCUCCACACAUCAGCCUCGUGCCUAAGGGGGUGGAGAGUGGGGACUACUCUGUUAAAAAAAAAAAAAGAAACAAAACGCAACAUGUACAUAGGACUCGGGCACCUCGCCCCUGCCCCACCUCCUCGGGUCCGCAAGGCACCCCUGCCCUGUCCAUCCAGAACCUUGCCUGGAUGGAGGCGCCUUUCUUCCGUCUACUUUCCUCUUGAGAAACGCAGAAACUCCCCAUGUGUUCUUAUCCCAUGGAUAGGAAGCCAGGGAGUUGUGGGGCUGACUGCUCCCCUGGUACACUCAAGGUCAUAGUGCAUUGCCGCCUCAUUUUCCCUGGCCUUGGCCACACCAUGCUUGACCACCUGCCGUUGAUGUCACCUUGCACCGUGGGAGAGAUGUUCUUCCGUGGUGAGGAGGAGGGGCAGCCCGGCUUCUCCCAGAGCCGCCCCGCUCUGCUCCCGGUGGACAAGCAUGUCCCUGCUGAGCCGUCAGCUCAGGCGUGUGACGGGGGCCGGGGGGGGGGGGGGCGCCUGCAGCAGCCCACCGUGCAGUCUGCGUCGCCACUCGUUUCUUCUCUGUGUGUCCACACGCAGGGAGGUCACGGUACUGGCCAGCAUGCGUUCUCUCCGUGGUUUUGUGAUAUCAAGGAAACGUAUCCUAAAUCCCCCGCCCCACUCCAGGGCCCUGGUGUUACAACACGAUUGAUUUAAGAGCAGAGCCCAAGACAGCUUUUCUGGUAAGAAGAGAAGGAGUAGCAGCAGGGACCAGCUGAGGGAAGGACCACACGGAUGGUUAACAACAAACCCACGCAAGGUGGGGAGGAGACAGGAAGCUCUGGCCUCCUUACUCAGCUCCCCCGGCCAGUGUGGCUAGCCCUGGCGUGGUCUUGCCUCCACUGUGCACAUGUUUCCUCUGGCUUUGGAUGGGGGGGGUCACAAUCAGGUGUUUCCUUUCUGCCAACGUCCCCUCCCCUCCAGCAGCCCUAUUGCCCCCUGUGCCACUCCCUGCGCUGAGGGAAAGAUGGAGGUGCUGGUGGACCACAAACCACGGGCGAGCCAGGUAGCCCUGGCCUCCUGUCAUUGUCACUGAUGUUGUCUUGAAUUUUUAUUUAUUAUUCGCGUGUGCUGUUUUUCUGUCGUUGUUUUAUGAUUUUUUUAAACACCCUCUUGCCUUCCAGCUCUGGUCACUGUGGGCCUGUGGCCUUGCAAUCCAAGAAGAGAUUUCUUUCUUUGAAUCAGCACUGCAUUGUGUGCCAUGGGGUCCCGUGACCGGAUUCUUAGAGAAGGAACACAUCCUCUUAAGCCAGUGAGAUUGUCACUUUGUGUCCCCACCCCCCUGAUGUGUCCUGCCGUUGAGUGGGGACAUUGUAUGUCCGCUAAGCAUACUGUGAGAGAAGGCCCCAGGAAGCCAGCUUCAGGCCACGAUUUCAAACUUAAUUUAUUCUCCAAACACAAGAGUAGGGUUUUUCUUUGUUUUUGUUUUUUUUUUAAAGAUUAUGUCCUCAGCUGUCCCCACUGUCAUAUGCUCACUGCAAGGAACUCGGCUCCCUCUAUUUGAAUGUAUUUCGGAGCAGCAGGUGGAAUGACAAAAGAAUGUGAAAACCAGGCACUGAAUGGACCACUCCACAUAGCAUGGCCGCGGCCAGAACUACCAGCCAGUGUGAAUGCAGACCCGGCGGCCCAGAGGCCGUGGUGUUUAGCAUGGGCGACAAGCACAACGAGAGAGCGCGUUGUGCGACCACUCCCAGGAAGAGUGUGGUGAUGCAUCCGACAUCCACAACAGAAGUUUAUUCACUGAUGAGAACCAAUAAAAUAAAUGAUGGAAAUCA